UAGAAUCUCUUCGGUUGACGUUGACCUUUAAUUCACUGUUGAUCGACUGAAAUUGAUUAUAUAAAGAAACGAUUAUUUUCGAUUCGAGUAUUUACGAAGUGUAAAUAAUUCGAAAAAUAAAUGCAUGAUUGAACUUAUUAAAUUAUUUCUUUAUCAGUUAUGUUGUGACAAAGCUUACAUGUUAAUAACUUUAGAAAAUAUUACUUAUUAUAAUUUAUUAAAUGUAAACAAGGAAGCUGCAAAUUUGGCGUAACAAUGAAUGAAUCAACGAAGUUAUUCGUUGGGCCUCCACCAAUUUGGCCUGACAUUAAAUUGGAGUUACGGGAAUAUAUUGAAUGCCCUGAACGAUUACCUAUACAUCAGCUGGAUGAUGCGCAGUGUUAUUGGCCACGUAUACCAGAUGUUUGUUCAUUAUUGGAGUAUGAUUUGGCUCCGAUCAAUACUACGCUAAAGUUUGAUCGCGAUCCAAUAACAGGCAAGAUUGGUGAAAUGCAAGAAAUCAUCUUGCAAGGUGCAGGGGAAACAGCAAGAAAUUCUAUGUCUAUGACUCGUGCACCUGGACCGCUUAUGGAUGGAGUUAGAGGUAAUCCUAGUAAUAUUCCGUUUUGGCCUGGUGGUUUUGAAGAACCUAAAGUGCCUGAGAAUGAAUUCCUAAAUGAUAUUGAUUUUGAAAAAGAUUUGAGGACAUUAGCCAAAGGCUUUUGCUCGGGUGUAGAAUUUAAAAGCGACAAUUGCACGCCGAUUAAAUACACAGAGAAUAAAACAGAAGUUGAAGAAAUUAAAAACUUUGAAGAAUUAAAAAUCAAUGAUAAUAUCAAUUUAAUGGCUGUUGUACAUGAGGAGGGAAAUUCACUUGGUUUAUGGUCUUCAAUUGAGGAGCCAAAGAAAGAGAAUAUUCAAGUUUCGGAUAAUAACAUUCCAUUUACAGACAUUUCUAUUUUACCUGAAGAGACAAAUAUUCCUGUCUUGAAAAUAUCAGAGAAACAACCAGAAUUUGUAAAGACAGAAUGGGCAGAGCAAUUGGAUGUGUCUGCACCAAUAACUGAUUUUGACAAGAGAAUACCUGAUCCAGCAAUUAAAUUUGAAUAUGAAUUAGACACUUUUCAGAAACAAGCUAUUCUUAAGCUGGAGCAGAAUAGUAAUGUCUUUGUUGCUGCACAUACAUCAGCAGGAAAGACCACUGUCGCUGAAUAUGCCAUUGCAUUGAGUCAAAAGCACAUGACAAGAGUAAUUUAUACAUCCCCUAUAAAAGCGCUGUCAAAUCAGAAAUAUCGUGAAUUUAAAAGAAAGUUUGAAAGUGUUGGAUUAUUAACAGGUGAUUUACAAAUAAAUCAAACUGCUUCAUGCCUAAUCAUGACAACAGAAAUUCUACAAUCAAUGUUAUAUUGUGCAUCUGAUGUUUUACGGGAUUUAGAAUUUGUCAUAUUUGAUGAAGUGCAUUAUAUAAACAAUGAAGAUAGAGGUCACGUAUGGGAGGAAAUUGUUAUUCUUUUACCACAAACGAUCAAUAUAGUAAUGUUAUCUGCGACUGUACCAAAUCCUAUAAUAUUCGCGGAUUGGGUCGGUCGUAUUAAGAAGCGAAAGAUGUAUGUGAUUAGCACAUUGAAAAGGCCAAUACCUCUUUUACAUUACUUAUACACUGGUACUGAUGGUAAGACUAAAGAUGAUAAGUUUUUGGUUCUUGAUGGCAACAAUCAAUUCUUAUUGGAUGGGUGGUACAAAGCGACGAAUGCAUCUGACAAGAAAAAGAAUAAAAAUGCAAAGGAUCCUAGGAGAAGAAUUCAAAUGACUUUUAAACAAGAAGAAGUAUUAUGGAGAGCAUUUAUAAGUCAUCUCCAGAAAAAUGAUAUGUUACCUGUUGUUGUAUUUACUUUAUCGAGAAAACGCUGUGAUAUGAAUGCUGCUACACUGAGAAAUCUCGAUUUAACAACCGCGAGAGAGAAGCAUCAAGUGCAUGCAUUUUUUCAAUCUAAUAUAAAACACCUGAAAGGUAGCGAUAGAGAAUUACCACAAGUACUUAUGAUGCAAGAACUCUUGGAGAAAGGCGUGGGUAUACAUCAUAGCGGGAUAUUGCCAAUUUUGAGAGAAAUCGUAGAAAUGUUAUUCCAAAGUGGACUCGUAAAGUUACUGUUCGCGACAGAAACUUUCGCCAUGGGAGUUAACAUGCCAGCUCGCACGGUGGUGUUUGAUUCCAUACGAAAGUUCGACGGAAACACCUUUCGUAUCCUAUACCCGACUGAAUACAUACAAAUGGCCGGUAGAGCCGGACGGCGAGGUCACGACACAACGGGAACAGUUAUAGUAAUGUGCAGAUACGAUAUACCACACUUUAAUGACUUGAAACCUAUGAUGUGCGGCGAGCCGCAGACAUUGGAGUCGAAAUUCAAAGUUACGUACUCCAUGCUGUUAAACUUGAGAAGGGUGAAUGAAUCCGUCACCGUUGAAGCGAUGAUGCGCAAGUCUUUCAAAGAAUCACCGCUAGCAUCACAGGAAGCGACAUAUAACAGCGAGUUACGAAAAGUCGAGCGAGAAUUAUCAAAUCUACCUACUUUGACUGAGAUACAAAAGAAGCUCUCUAUGUUUUAUCAAGUUGCAGUUGAUUAUUUGGAAGACGUUAAAUUUUUAAAUCCCUAUUUGUUCGAGUCUAAAAAAUCAGCGAAAGCUAUGACCGAAGGCAGAGUCUUGUUAAUAUCAUACGCGAAUCAUUACAACAAAUUAGGUUUAUUACUGCAAGUCGUGCAUCAUAAAAGUUCUACUCAAUACAGAGUGUUGAUACUCAAGGAUGCGGAUGCAUCCAAUUCCGAGGCUGCUGAAUUCAAGAGUCCUCAGAUAUACGAAAAAUGGUGCGAAAUUAUUGGUCUAACGAAGAAAAGGCUAUUCGUUCCGAGCACUAAUGCAUCGCACGGAGUCGUGACCUUGUACUCAUGGCAUAUAUUGAAGAUAACCAAGUGCCAGAUAAAAGUCGAUUGCUCCUUAGUGCUGAAUGAUUGGGAAAAGCGGCAAAUCUCACGAUUUAAGAACGAUCCACCGGGACAGACUUGUCAAAUGGCGGUUCAAGAAUUAACUUCUCUAUCAUUUAACGCUGCUGCCAAUGUUCAAAUUUUAUACCCUUAUAUCGAACCUGUAUCGAAAAGUGAUUUUCAAUUAAGAAUAAAGCAUAAAGACAAAUUAAAAGCCAAGCUCAACGACAUGAAAUGUAUAGAAAUACCAAAUUUCGAAGAACAGUUUAGACCUGUAUUCGAGCGAAAUCAGCUCGAAGAUAAAAAACGGCAGCUCCAGCUUAAACUUAGCGAUGAAGGAAUGGCACUGUAUCCAGAUUAUCUGAAUAUGGUGGCACUGCUGAAACAAUUGAAAUAUAUAGAUAGCGAUGAAAGAGUUGCUUUAAAAGGAAGAGUCGCGCUGCAAAUGGGUAGUAACGAAUUGCUGAUAACGGAGCUGGUUCUCAAGAAUGUGUUAACAGUUUUACAACCGGCAGAAAUAGUAGCGCUGCUAUCAGCACUGAUCUUCCAACAACGCACAGAUUCAGAACCUACACUCACACCGAGUCUUGCUAAUGGUUGUGAAAUAAUGAACAAGGUGCAUGCGGAAUUGGAACGUUUAGAGCAGCAAUAUCAAUUGUCGACUAUACCGCCAUUGAAUUUCGGUUUGGUGGAAGUCGUCUACGAAUGGGCGCAAGCUAAAUCGUUCGCGGAGAUCAUGAAAAUGACGGACGUUCAAGAGGGAAUUAUCGUUCGAUGUAUACAGCAGCUCGGCGAAACCUUGAGAGAUGUUAAAAAUGCGGCUGUGACUAUAGGCGAUCCGAUUUUGAAAGAAAAAAUGGAAGAAGCCUCCACUGCAAUCAAACGUGACAUAGUUUUCGCCGCAUCUCUAUAUACUCAAGAUUAAUAUGAUUGUGAAAUAUAAAAUAAUUUAACUUUUGGAAAUAGAAAAAUGUAUUUCUUUUAUAAAAAUAAUGAACUGAAUACACGCACAUUGUUGAAAACGUAAUCUAUUUGUAAAAAAUAUCUUGUCCACAAGCAUAUACAAUACUUCAAAAUAAUAACUUUUUGAUAAU